UGGCGUGUUGACCUCAACCACUCGGCUAUCCGAGUAUAAAAAUACAACUACCAGUUAUAAAGAAGUAGUAAUUGUUUUGCUUUGCGAAAGAUACUUGAAAUUAAUUUCAUGAGUGCAUAGAUGCGAUUCAACAGCAAUAGAUAUCAUAUAUGAAACUACUGAAGUAUAAGAGUUUGUGCUCACUAUUGUAAAAUUAGUAGGGAUGGUCUGCCAGAUGUUGGGAGCAAAACCGUUUUGUUUUAGUUGAAAGAUACUUGCAAGACAGUUGCAACUGUUUCGUUGCCAGUGAGCGUUUCUAAAUUAAUAUUUAAAACAUAAGCAGUUUCUACUACUAAGGAGUACUUAUCCUAUUAACCUAUGCAGUUCGGGGAUCAAGCAAUAUGAAUAUACGCAUAAGGAUCAAAUGUCUCCGCUAAUUACGUUGCUCCAUGUUAAGUCAGUAUUAAGUAACUAUCCCUUGAUAUAAGCCGCUUUGAGUAAUACCGUCUCAAUUUAAUGAGGCGAGGAACAAAAUGAUACGUUUACUCCAUAGAUUUAAUAACCAAGAUUCUUAUAUUAAACCCCUAAUAAUGGGUAUAAACCUAUAUUAAUGAUUUGAACCAAAUAAAAAAUAUCUUGUGAAAUACAUUUUCACAUUUUGAAUUUCAAAACAUAUCCGAGCAAGCAGGUACUGAAUUCAAGAAAUAUUAUACAAGUCUGAGCGACCAACACAUGUGGGUAUGUAAAUAACUUCGGAACUUGUUGAGUCCGGUGCUUUUGAAUUUUGAACAUAAUUCAGCAGCUGGCGCUACAAAAUUCUACUCUAUUUGCAAUAUCCGUUACACCUGUUCCCAUUGUUACACGUUACAAGUAUAUUAUAUUUUCGUGUACUACUUAUAUUGCGGAAAGGACAUUUAACUGUCAUGUUUCAGAAUGUAUAUGAGCGUUUUCAAAGCGCGUUCCAAAUUAAACUCGCAACGUUUUUUGCGUAUGAACGUCAGAAUAAACGUCUGCGACAUUUCAUGAACAAAUAAUUUAAGAUGCAAAGAAUAUGUAAUAAGAAAAGUUUCUACAUUCACGAACAGCGGAGAACGAAAUGAGUUUGGAAUUUUGUGCUCAAAAUGUGAGAUUUUCACAACUGAAGCUUUGUAGUCGUUGACGUUACGAAAUAAGAAAUAUGUGAAUAUGUUCUCAUUUUUAUAUGUCACGUUUUAACUGAUGUAUUUUGACAUAAAUUUUUAUAUUUCCACCAAAAAUAGUGUCAGUGGAAUCAAAGGUAUUAUAAUUUUGGUUGCGUUCAUAUGUCUGCAUUACACCAUGUACAUAUAGUUCGCAUUUUUUCAUUCGUCAGAAUUGGCACAGCAAUCCGCGAGCGAUGCCGCGACGCUAAGUGUUACCGAGGAAGCCAUUAGGGCGCGCAUGCCUGCCCCAGUUCCCGCCACGUCAUAGGAAAGCCCCUCACUAGCCCACUGCGGUAAUUGCACACAGCUGCAAUCUAUGUAGACCAGUGAGGUCGACGACAUUGCAAGCCUACCGUGUUAAUGUGCAAUCCAAAUAAUGGAAAAUGUUCAUCAUAGUUUGCAUAGUUGCAGGAAACGUUUUGCGUUCGCGAUAGCGGCUAAGUUGUUAAUUCUUAAUGACGGGGGUUCACCUCAGGCUAGUUUUUCGGUGUCAGUAAUGACUGUUUGAAGCUAACAACGAUGUUAUCGCACGGAUGGCCGAGUGUUUGUGGUCCCCGCGCCGAACCCACUGAGUGCGACUUGUCGCGGGUUCGCUCCCCACGUGUGACAUCAUUUGUGUGUUCCAUGACUGCUGAACUGAGUCUGGGUAUUUUUGUGCAUGUGACGAAUGUUUGUAAAACGUUUCCGUUGCGUCGUUUAAAAAAAACCAGGAAGGAAAACAUCCAGAACCAAAUAUGAUAACGAUGAAAUCUUCAUUACUGUUUGAACAGUUCAAGGCGCAGUCGAGAUGGCGGCAACAGCUCGAUUCCUUUCGCAGAGCUGACCGCUGUUAGCCAAAGACGCUGAUCACAAUGGGAAUGAAGGCAGGGAGGCCUUUGCCAUGCAAUGGACCACUAAUAUCUAAUAAUACUUUUCCACAUAUUACGCAAACAUAAAAGUUCCUUAAAAAAAUACACAGUUUCGCUUAAUUGCUGUAACUAAACGACUAUGUAGCUGUUAAACGAACUACUUUGACUGCAAAAAUACCUUUGACUACAAACUGAACAAAGUUAGGUCCGUAGUUAAAGGAAGUUACACGUUACGUUAGAAAAUACCUGCUUUUGAAAGCAUUUUAACUUAUAAAGUUACUUAUUAACAGUUAAUAACAAUUUGCUUGCAGAAAGACCAAGUUUUCUGAACUCAAAUAAAUACUCCUUUAUGAAACCUACAUGCUUAAAAACUUUUUGCUACGAUAUCGUAACGAGUUUCGAAUUCAGAACGAAUGUUGACCUGUCAAUGUGUCGCUUGUCAUUGUCAAAUGCACGGCUUUGGGUCCAGCGAGCAGUACUCGAAAUAUUUUUUGCUUACGUAAACAGUUCUGGAAUAACAGUUAUGUCACGAGUUUCUGGACAUUUUUUGAGGGAUGUCUUGAUGAGAAACGAACAGAGUUUCAAGAGUCUUGUGUUUCCGAGCAACGAGAACGCGUGGGGGGGUGUCCGUCAGAUACACUGCACUGCUGUGGUUCUGAAGAAGGAGUCCAAGGAGGUGGCAUGUAAAGAGAAGGGGAAGGAUGCUAAGGCGGUGGCGGCGAAGAGUAAGGCGAGGAAGAUCCCGCCGGUGUUCGUGCACGGCACCAAGAGCUACACCAUGGACGAAGUGCGGCGCUACUCGCCGUUCCACUACCCGGGACAGUCAACGGUGGAGUGGGUCAUCGCCCGCGCGGACGAUAUCCUCAACUGGGGCAGAAAGAACUCCUUGUGGCCCUUGACCUUCGGCCUCGCAUGCUGUGCUCUUGAGAUGAUGCAUUAUGCUGGACCCAGAUACGACAUGGAUCGCUUCGGUAUGGUGUUCCGCGGCACUCCCCGACAGACUGACGUGAUCAUCAUAGCUGGUACUGUCACUAACAAGAUGGCGCCGAUCCUGAGGAAGACCUACGACAUGAUGCCGGAGCCGAAGUGGGUGGUGUCAAUGGGGAGCUGCGCUAAUGGUGGAGGGUACUACCACUACACGUACUCCACGUGUCGUGGGGCUGAUAGAAUUAUACCGGUGGACAUAUACGUGCCAGGAUGUCCACCCACAGCCGAAGCGCUCCUGUACGCCAUGCUGUUAUUACAGAAGAAGGUGAAACGCAUGAGAGUCUGUCAAAUAUGGUACCGAAAUUAAAUUGUUUAGUUUUUCAUAUCUAUUUCUAAUAUCUCGUAUUUAUUUCAAUUGUAAUAAAGUUUUUUGGAUGGGUUAAUUAUAUUUUCUUUAAGGUCGAAAGUUGUCGUGAGAAUGUAAGACAAAACUCAAUAUAGGUACGAAAAGAGAUAUGAACAGGAAAUUCUAAGUAAUUCUAAAUAUGAAAGUAUUUACCGAGAUAGAUAUUUCUAUGAAUUCGUAUUCAACUAAGCGAGUGUGAGCUUUUAUAGAACUAACAGGCGACACUGAAUAGAAAGCUUUUCUGUAUACAAUACGAUUCAAUGGAGAAAACUUAAUACGGUUUUAUGUCAAAGUUUAUUUUUCCCUUCGACAUCAGCUCUCAGCAGCAUACAAGAACUUCAAACGCUUUCAGCAUCAGAGCGUUAUAAAAAGACUUAUAUAUAUUUAUAUGUUCCCGUCUUAGGUGUUUUUAGUUGUACUGUGAAUGUCUUAAAGUACAACUGUUGUCAUUGUGGAAGAGGGACAGCGUUAUACUGGGUGUAAUGUUUCACUUUCACAGCUUCGAGUCUUGCAUUAAGAGGUCGUUCCUAGUCAGCGCACAGGUCACGUCCACCACGUGCUGAGAAACAUCGCUGUCUGUACCUUUGUCCAAACGGAUGCUUUUAUAUGUUAUUUAUGUUCUGACACGAGCUUUUUAGUAUCGACGUGUCUUUAAUGUGAUUUUUCUUUUAUUCUAUUGAGACUUAAAUGUUUUUUGUUACUAAGGUUAUUUCAUGAAGGAUUUUUACAUUAUCAAGCCAUUGAAGUAAUUUUACUAUGUCUUAGUUGAUAAUAGCAUUUUUUGUUUAAUAAUAUUUGGGUUCGACUCACGACCCUGUCACUGCGUCAGGUCAUGAUUAAGGACUUCGGGUCAAUAAAGUUCAUUCUAUAAUUAACAUUUACAUUGAUAUUGAUUGUGCCAGUAAACCAACGAUUUCCAAAACAGGCCCUAUACACCACUUACCGAGAAACGGCAGUAGCUCAAACAAAGCAAUGUGAAGCAACAAUAGAGGCAAUUUACGUCAAUAACCGAUAUUUAGGACCUCAUAAUGCCAUAAUAUUUAGGUUAACUUCAGCUAUAAAGUCUGAUCGAAGCUGACACUGUAAUAGGAAGCCUACACGUUCGCCCUCAUGAAUACCGGACCAUGUAAGAAGUAUUUAUGGAGACACAACACCUAAUGGAAUUUAAAGCUUAACGCCCUGGAAGACACCCAGACAUUUAUAGGAUACGUCGAUACUGUAUCUAAUCGGCAAUGGAAAAGAAAAGAAAGGAACUACGUGAAUGUGAAAUAAAUUCUUGUAUCAGUUGGAAUUGAGGGGGAAGUUACACGUGCUACCAGUUACAUGAAAGAAAGAAAUGUAUCCUGGAUUAUUGACAAAUACCGAAGAUGCGAUAAAGGAGAAUAUGGCAAAACUGGCAUUCGUAAGUAAAAGGGUCAUUGAAGUGAAAUAAACGAAUUAUUCAAGGGUCGGAGAAUAAACCUUUGUGAGAAAUGUUACAGUUGUAAACCCAGCUCAGUACGAUAGUGGUGGAUUUCGAUUGUAGUCCAGUCAAGAGUAUUCACCGUUUAAUGAAGUACGUAGUGAAAAUGUAAGGAAGCAGGUUAUUAGGGCGUUCGUGGACAAUGGCCUGAGUUGCGCUCACGGCAAAUGUCACUAAUUGUGAUAACGUGCUACUAACUACCGUGCCAGUUUUAACGGUUUUAACUUAGAUUAAAAUUCAAUAUUAAAUGCAGCUUAAAAUGUUCAGCUUGUGUUAUUUCAGGAGAUAGGGGAUAGGACUAGAAACAAUAAAGCACUGCGGUAAACAAAACAAAAGUAAUUGUUGCCUAAUUAUUGUCACGCUUGCUUUGAAAUUUAGUUUAAGUUUUAGUUGCUAAGUUUCUCUUAAGGUAAAAUAAUAACUGUCUUCUAGUUUCAAAUACCUGUAGGGGUUUUUGUUGAUGGAAAAAAGGUAAUCUGUUUAAGUUUUGUCUUGAUAUUAGAAUUCAUGAAGUCAUUAAUGAUCGUAUCAUACAAAUUUUACACAUAAAAAUAGUCAGGAUAAUAAAAAUAAAUCUAGUUAAAAUAGGUCUAAAUAGUUGAUACUUGAGAACAUCUGUGCAAAGAGGUUUAGGGCUAAAGAAUCAUCUUUCAUUUAAAGUACCCUUUCUGCACAUUCUUAGAGAACAAUAGGUCGUAGCAGUAACUUUUUAUGAGAGCCCGCGGACUGGCCGGCUCUGCCCACAUUAUUGAUGUAUGUGGAAAGGCUGUAGGCACCAUUUGGGUUUAUUAGAGAGACUUAGGUCUAACGACGUUUUAUGUUAUUUAUUAGGACAGCUAAGGAGCGGUUAGGCUAGAUAUUCUGGGGCAUUAUCAAAUGGCUUGGAUAAUUUUCGACCAAUUAUAGGUCUGAAUUGAAUUGUGUUUUACUAAUAUCAAGGAUCAAGCCUUGUGAGAAUAAUGUUCAUACCAAAUAUCCAAAGACUUCAAAAGCAUAUUUAUACCCUAAAUAGUCCUUUACUACGAAACAGAAGGCUGGGGUUGGGUCGGUUUCCGUGAAUCAUGUAAGAAAGUGUUGUAAACUACCGCGAUUCCCGGAGAUGAAAAUCACGUAAUAUAUACAAAAUGUAUUCACAAGAUAAAAUAUACAAUUACAACACCUUAACUUACAGCAUGUUACAAAAAACACACUUUAAACGUAACGAUGUGCUUAACAAACGCUGACGAGUUACGUUCGAAAUACAUCAUAAAAAUGGGUAUCAUUUAUAUUCCUGACAACACCCUGUACACAGCGGUGUACGUGUCUUAUGCACGUAAUGAGACUGUUAAGAAUAAGAAUAAUUACGACGACGCUUCAAAAGGUUUUAUAUUACUGGGCGAAAAUAGAAGAAAAAUAUAUUAAGUGCUGGGAGCUCGUUGGGUCUUAGGUUAAUCUAAAUUCCAGUCCAAUUUUAAUUAUAUUUUGUGUGGGUGGUUUACGGAAGACUUUAGUUUUACGCGACAAAGCCCUACAAAGUCAUAGACGUCCCAACCAUUUACUAGAAAUUUAUGUUGCAUGUUUUUUCUUAAAUACAUAAAUGGAUAAGUAAAUAGUUCGGUAUUUUUCGAAUCUAAUAUAUUUUUCGUAUAUCGGAGAUCUUG